AUGGGAGAGAGAGGCAACGAAGCAGAAGUUGUAGAGACGGCGAAGAUUCCUCUGUUAAGGGGUGAAAAUGAAGCGGAGGAGGAAGACGGGGAAAUUACAAAGAGAUCAGAGAUAUGGAUGGAGACGAAGAAGCUAUGGCGUAUUGUUGGACCGGCCAUAUUCUCCAGAGUUUCGACCUACUCGAUCUUCGUCAUCACUCAGGCCUUCGCCGGCCACCUCGGGGAACUCGAACUCGCCGCCAUAUCAAUCGUCCACAACGUCAUCAUCGGCUUCAACCUCGGCCUCCUCCUUGGAAUGGCGAGUGCGUUGGAAACGCUGUGCGGUCAAGCGUUUGGAGCGAAGAAGUAUGACAUGUUGGGAGUGUAUAUGCAGCGAUCUUGGAUCGUUCUCUUCUUAUUUUCAAUCUUGAUCCUCCCUAUGUACUUAUUUGCGUCUCCCAUUCUUAAGUUCUUCGGCCAGCCUGAAGACAUUGCCGAGCUCUCCGGUGUCAUCGCCGUUUGGGCCAUUCCUACCCAUUUCGCGUUUGCCUUUUAUUUCCCUCUCAGCAGAUUCUUCCAAUGCCAGAUCAAGAAUAGGGUGGUUGCAGUUUCGUCUGGCGUGGCACUUGUAGUUCACAUAUUUGUGUGCUGGCUAUUUGUGUACGGUCUUAAACUUGGAGUCAUAGGGACCAUGGCUACCGUUAACGUGUCAUGGUGGCUCAAUGUCUUCAUCUUAUAUACUCACGCCACUUGCGGUGGUUGUCCGCUCACAUGGACCGGUUUCUCCAUCGAAGCUUUCACUAGACUAUGGGAAUUCGCUAAGCUCUCUGCUUCCUCUGGAAUCAUGCUUUGUGAAAUCGUCAUAAAAGCAGUCAACGAUCUCUCUAUUCUUUUAGCUUUUACGAUUCUUCUCAACAGUGUCCAACCGGUUCUUUCCGGAGUUGCUGUUGGUUCGGGUUGGCAAUCAUUUGUAGCAUACAUAAAUUUGGGAUGUUACUAUUUCAUUGGACUUCCACUUGGAUUUGUCAUGGGCUGGAUUUUCAAGUCUAGUGUCAAGGGCAUUUGGGCUGGUAUGAUAUUCGGAGGAACCGCAAUUCAAACAUUGAUAUUGAUUUUUAUUGUUAUUAGAUGUGAUUGGCAGAAAGAGGCACAGAAGGCAAGUAUUCGCGUUAGGAAAUGGUCACUUUCAGAUACAAGAAAUUGA